CCGGGUUCCCGCGUACAAGCCCUGAGCACAUGCACCACGUACAGGCCGCUUCCCAUAUGCUUUAUGCAUCUGUCAUGCACAUCUGUCUCACAGGAAAGGCUCUCUUCCACCUGUCCUGCACAUCUGCCCAGCACCUGCCCUGCCAGUGCACCUCACAAUGUCCUACACACCUGCCCUGCCUCUGUCCAUGCACCUUACACCUGCCCCUGCACAUCACACCUGCUCUAUACACAUGCUCUGCACCUGCCUAUGCACUUCACACCUGCCCAUGCACCUCAUAAUGCCCUGACACCUACUUGCACCUGCCCAUGCACUUCAUAAUGCCUUGCACACUUGCUCUAUCCCUGCCCUGCAUCUCACAAUGCCCUGCAUACACAUCUUGCACACUCCACUAGCUUGGCUCAGCACUGUAUACAUAUAUGUUCCCUUGUGUGAAUGUGCCUCUCUGCUCUUUUUGUUUUGUUUUGUUUUUACCCUUUUGGAACUUUCUCAGUACCUACUACCUGCCUUGUCCUCUCUUGCUUCCUGGGAGCUGAUAGCGCAGAUGGGUCAGAUGUGAAUUUUGUUCUGAAGGUGCUCCAGGUUUGGUCAGCGGCAUUACUUCUGGUAGACCUGUCUGCCCCAAAGGCCAGUUCAAGUGUGACCUGAGCCCAGGGCCAGGAGUGUCCUCCAAGGCAGGCAGCUUUUCAAAGGAGGAAGAGUUUCUGGGGAAGGAUGGCAUGGAGAUCUCAGACAGUGGACACAAGACUGUAGGAUGGCCUGAGCUAUGGCAGUGGAGAGGGAAGUGACCACAGUGACCGUGGCAAACGUGGGGUCCUCUGCAGAUAACGUCUUUACGACCUCAGUGGCAAACGCAGCAUCGAUAUCAGGACAUGUCCUGUCUGGUAGGACAGCCCUGCAGAUCGGGGACAGCCUGAACACUGAGAAAGCCACGCUAAUAGUUGUCCACACAGAUGGGAGCAUUGUGGAGACCACUGGGCUGAAGGGCCCAGCAGCACCUCUCACCCCAGGUCCUCAGUCCCCUCCUACCCCACUGGCACCUGGUCAGGAGAAAGGUGGCACCAAGUACAACUGGGACCCUUCCGUGUAUGACAGUGAGUUGCCCGUGCGCUGUCGGAACAUCAGUGGCACUCUCUACAAGAGCAGGCUCGGCUCAGGUGGGCGGGGUCGGUGUAUCAAGCAGGGAGAGAACUGGUACAGUCCAACUGAGUUUGAGGCCAUGGCCGGAAGAGCCAGCAGCAAGGACUGGAAGAGAAGCAUCCGCUAUGCGGGCAGACCCCUGCAGUGCCUCAUCCAGGAUGGUAUUUUGAACCCCCACGCUGCCUCCUGUACCUGCGCUGCCUGUUGUGACGACAUGACUCUCAGUGGCCCAGUCAGGCUCUUCGUCCCUUACAAAAGGCGCAAGAAAGAGAAUGAACUGCCCACAACUCCAGUUAAGAAGGAUUCCCCCAAGAACAUCACACUGCUUCCUGCCACGGCGGCCACCACCUUCACUGUGACACCCUCAGGACAGAUCACUACCUCUGGAGCACUAACCUUUGACCGAGCAUCCACUGUAGAGGCUACUGCUGUUAUCUCUGAGAGCCCAGCCCAAGGUGAUGUCUUUGCGGGAGCGACAGUGCAAGAGGCAGGUGUGCAGCCCCCCUGCAGGGUUGGCCAUCCUGAACCCCACUAUCCUGGCUAUCAGGACAGCUGUCAGAUUGCCCCAUUUCCAGAAGCUGCAUUGCCAACAUCACAUCCCAAAAUCGUCCUGACAUCCCUGCCUGCCUUGGCUGUGCCACCCUCCACCCCCACCAAAGCUGUCUCUCCCACCGUGGUCAGUGGGCUGGAGAUGUCAGACCAGCGGAGCUGGCUGUACCUGGAAGAGAUGGUCAACUCCUUGCUCAGCACAGCCCAGCAGCUGAAGACGCUGUUUGAACAAGCCAAGCAGGCGAGCUCUUGCAGGGAGGCCGCUGUGACACAGGCGAGAAUGCAUGUUGACGCCGAGCGGAAAGAGCAAUCCUGUGUCAACUGCGGCCGGGAGGCCAUGAGUGAGUGUACCGGAUGCCACAAGGUCAACUACUGCUCCACAUUCUGCCAGCGCAAGGACUGGAAAGACCAUCAGCACGUCUGUGGCCAGUCAACAUCUGUCACUGUCCAGGCUGAUGAAGUCCAUGUUGAAGAAAGUGUAAUAGAAAAAGUUGCUGUUUGAGCCAAGCCUCUCCCUGCUCCACUGCGAGGCCAUCACAGGCUUAGGCCCUCUGAUGACUAUGGGGGCUGCUGAGAAGUGAGGCCAUGGGAAACUUGCCGGACAAGUUACUAACAAACAGACUAUGUAUGCCCUUUGAAAGGAACUCCUGCCAGAGACCAAGGAAUGCUGGUGGGUUUCAGAACGGGGGCCCUCUGCCACAGCCCAGGGCCCUUGACCUAUUGCGGUGCUCUUUCAUCCCUGGAUCACGAGUGUCCCAUUACCCGUGGGGGUCCCCUACGCCACGUGUACAUAUCUGUUUUAUCUGUUAAUAAAGUUGUAAAUAAAGCCCCCAUCCCCCA